GUUAUCGCGGAAGCCUAUAACAUUAGAUGAUCUCAGGCCUUUGAUAAAUAACGUAGCUACAUCACAACCGCUUGGUCUCUUUAACAAUAAUACACCGCCACAGAAUAUAAUUAAACCCGUAAAGAAAGAAACCACACCACCAAAUGUUAAUAAGUGUGAUUCUAUUAAAGAUGCAGGAACGAGUAAUAUCGCCACAUCCUCAAAAAUGGAUGAAGUCCCAGUUUCGGAUAAUGAAGCAUUGAAUGUAGACAAGCAACAAAAGCGCGAGGGUGAUAAAGAAUCUCCGAACGACAAUUAUCUCCCAACAGUUGAAGAAUUUCGUUUAUUUGAAGAAUUAGAAAAACUUGAAAAGCGACUAGAACAAGAAAUCUCUGAA